AUGAUUCCCUGCACAAAACCUGGCUGCUGUCAAUGGUUCAGAAACAAGUUGGGCCUAACCCAGCACAUCAACAUAUACCACCCAGUAUUUCUGCCUAUCAACAUCCCUGUGCAGGUAGAACAGCCAGAUCAGGUACCAUCGCCUGAAGAGGAACAAUUCCAUGACCCAUCCACAAGCCCUUCGAAUCCAACCCUUCUGGCAGAGUUUGUUGGACAAGGUGACAAGUAUUAUCGGAACUAUCACCCAAACCUCACCGGGCAGCCUUGUGAUUCAUCUGGAAACCCCCUCCCAGUUGGACAGUCAUCCCUGCAAACUCCUUCUGAAAAGCAACCUAACGAUUGGUCACCAUACUCCAGUCAUCUGGAGUUCGAGCUAGCUGACUUCCUGUUCACCCACAGCCAGAUGUCUGCAGCCAAUAUUAACAAGUUACUAGAUCUCUGGAAUGCAACACUUCUCGGCACUGGCAGCCAGCCCGUCUUCAAAGAUAGCACUGAAAUGUACAAGACGUUCGAUCGCACUAUACUUGGUGAUGUACAGUGGGAGAAUUUUUGCAUAUCCUAUACUGGCAAACAACCAACUGAUAAUGUCCCAUCAUGGAUGAAUGCUGUGUACGAUAUUUGGUUCUGGGACCCUAAAGAUGUUAUUUGCAAUAUGCUUUCCCAACCUGAUUUUUUGAGAGACAUGGAUUACCGGCCGUUUCGGGAAUAUGAGAGCAUGACAGACAAGAGACAGUGGGAGGAUUUCAUGUCUGGUGAUUGGGUGUGGACUCAAGCAGACAUAAUUUCUCAUGAUUCAACCAUGCACGGGUCAACCUUCGUUCCAAUCAUCCUUGGCAGUGACAAGACGACCAUGUCAGUUGCAACCAGUCAAAAUGAUUAUUAUCCCCUCUACCUCUCAAUAGGUAACAUGAGCAACAAAGUUCAUCAUGCACAUCGCAAUAGUGUCGCUCUCAUCGCUUUCCUUGCAAUCCCACAUACCGACAAAGAGCAUGCGUCCACCGACAUGUUCCAACAAUUCCGCUGCCAACUCUUUCAUUCAUCACUCACAUAUAUCCUUCGAAAUCUCAAGCCUGUGAUGACCAAACCAACUGUUAUGUGGUUCGGUGAUGGACACUAUCGCCGCGUAAUUUUUGGACUUGGCCCUUAUAUCACCGAUUAUGUAUUAUGUCUUGCGAUGAGGCAGGAACUUGAUACUGAUGCACUUUAUCAGAGUCGCAAACAUGCAGAAGCACUGAUCAAGGAGUUUGAUCUCAAGACCUUAUGGGAUGCAUAUGGCAUUGUGGGUGAUACAAUUCCGUUCACCAGCAGUUUUCCCUGUGCCGAUAUAUACCAACUCAUCACCCCUGAUAUACUACACCAGAUCAUCAAAGGGACAUUCAAGGAUCAUUUGGUCGAGUGGGUUGAAAGCUAUUUGAAGACCAUGCAUGGCACAACAAAGGCGAAUGUGAUCUUAGAUGAUAUUGACCGGAGAAUCACGGCUGUCGCACCUUUCGCAGGGCUCUGUUGCUUUCCCGAGGGCUGUCAUUUCAAACAGUGGACUGGUAAUGACUCAAAGGCACUAAUGAAGGUGUGUCUACCUGCCAUUGAGGGGCAUGUACCAAUGGAGAUUGCGCGAACAUUUUGUGCUUUGUUGGAGUUCACAUACCUGGUCUGUCGCAAUGUCCUCACUGAAGAAACCUUGGUUGCAGUUCAAGAUACCAUCGACCGCUUUCACAAGUACCGGGAAAUAUUUCGCCAAUCAGGUACCAUUCAAACUUUUUCCUUACCGCACCAGCAUGCAAUGAAACACUACCCUGAUCUUAUACAUUUAUUUGGGGCACUGAACGGACUUUGCACAUCAAUCACUGAAUCAAAGCAUAUCAAUGCUGUGAAGGACCCGUACCGGUGGACCAAUCAUAACAAGCCACUGGGCCAAAUGCUCAUUAUCAAUCAGUGCUUAGAUAAAGAGAACGGUGGUACAUCACAGGUCCUAGGUUCCGGUUCCCAUAACGAAGACAAUGGUGAGGCUGUGGACUGCCCAACAUCCAUAGAGGCACAUGUUGAACUCGCUCGCACCACCUCUCACAAAAUCAACCUCUUGCAUUCAGAAAUGAAGUGGGCCAGAACCGAGUUCCUGCUUCAACAAGCCAACGCUGAAGACUACCAUGAUCUCUGUGACAUCCCACUAUCUGAGCGCCCCAUCUAUGGCAACAAAAUCACCAUCGUUAAUUCUGCAGCUGCAUUAUUCUAUGCACCAAGUGAUAUCAGUGGUAUUGGUGGCAUGCGGCAUGAGUAUAUCCGCUCGUGUCAUUCAUGGCAGAAUGGGCCACCCCAGUAUGACUGUGCAUUUGUGAAUACUAAUCCAGGGCUGAAGGGGAUGCACGGUUUGGAUGUUGUGCGUAUCCUUGGGUUUUUUUCCUUCAUUUCCCAAAGCAAGCGUUACCCAUGCGCAGUAGUGCAGUGGUUUGACCAUGUCAGGGAUGACCCAGAUGUGGAUAUGAGGAUGUGGAUCAUACGCCUGGCCCUUACUGCAAAUUGUCACCCGGCCACCGCUGUCAUACACGUAGACACCAUAUAUCAUGCGGCACACCUUGUCCCCUUGUAUGGCACCCACCCCAUUCCCAGAACCAUAAAGCUGCAUCAUUCUUACGAUGCAUUUACCACCUUCUACAUGAACAGAUUUAUCGAUCAUCAUGCAUUUUCGCUUUUAUCAGAUUCGUACUUGUAG